AUGUUGGACAACAUCUUGUUACUGAGUGACGACCUAACCAAGGAGAACCUUUCGGGAGCACUGUUCGACUGGAGGACGAACAACCUUCGCACGGACGUGUUCAUGUAUCAGGCAGGCAGUGUUACCACCAGAGCAGAGGAGUUCAAAGGUCGAGUGUCACAUUUUCCACAUGAACUGAAGAACGGCAACGCCUCCAUCAUCAUCAGAAAUACAAAGAUAGAGGACGGCGGGAACUACACCUGUGAUCUUCCACAUCUGGAACCACCUCAGAGAUUCUACAUUCAGCUUGUUGUUGAACCUGUGAUGAAGAUUAGACAAAUCCAAGGAGCUUCUCCAAAGCCAAACAUCGUGAUAGUCAAUGUCACAGAGGACAGAGUCCAGCUGAAGUGUGAGGUCCAAGGUGCUUCUCCAAAACCUGAAGUAGAGAUCCAGGACAGUGCUGGAAACGUCCUUCCUGCUGAGGAACCUCAGGUCUCUAAAAGAGGAUGCCGGUACACUGUGAUCCGCUUCACCACCGUGACCAAGACCGGCCGCUUCCGCUGUGUCGCCAAGCAGAAGGAAAUCCACCAUGAGACUUCUGCUGAGACCUACGUGCCUGUCUAUGAGGACACGUGCAGCAAAGUGGACGUCACAGGAUGGCUCAGUGGAUACUUCUUGGGAGUUUUCUCUGUCGGUCUACCUUUGCUUGUAGCUGCAAAGUGCAUCAGAAGAAUACGUAAUGAAUUCACUAAGCGUGUUUCUGAUGGUAGCAUUAAGAUCAACUCUGAAUCAGAGAACACUUCUCUUCAGAUCUGA